CACAGACAGGAAGCUUGGCUGCUAGCCCCAAGCCUCCCUCUUCCCUGUGCUCAGCACCUGAGAAAGGAGGCCACUCCGUGGUUUGUUCCCAGCUACUCUGAGGGCUGAGGGCAGUACUGGCUGGGGGUGCUUCUGUGGGACGGGGUCCUCCAGAACAGACUUCUCACUUCCCACUAGGCUGUCUCCAUCCCUGGAGCCAGGGUGGGGGAACUGAGACGCUUCCUGAGGGACCUCCCCCUCAGGGCCGGGGUAGGAAGGAGGUGACUUCUUGGGGUGAGAGCUCCAGGCAUCCCAGGAUGGUUGGGACACAAACAGGAAGAGGAGGACCGGGCCUCGGAGACCCUUGAACACCAAACCACGACACUGGGCUGCGACCCAGGAGGAAGGAGCCAUGUCAGAACUGAGCAGGGAAGGAGGAGGGUCGGUCUGGGGUUCUAGCAGCCGGCCCCACGCGCCCAGCCGGCUUCGGAGAAGAUGCCAGAACAGAGCAAUGACUACCGCGUGGUCGUGUUUGGCGCAGGCGGCGUGGGCAAGAGCUCGCUGGUGCUCCGCUUUGUCAAGGGGACGUUUCGUGACACCUACAUCCCCACCAUAGAGGACACGUACAGGCAGGUGAUCAGCUGUGACAAGAGUGUAUGCACACUGCAGAUCACGGACACAACCGGCAGCCACCAGUUCCCGGCCAUGCAGCGGCUGUCCAUCUCCAAGGGUCACGCCUUCAUCCUGGUGUUCUCGGUGACCAGCAAGCAGUCGCUGGACGAGCUGAGCCCCAUCUACAAGCUGAUCGUGCAGAUCAAGGGCAGCGUGGAGGACAUCCCCAUCAUGCUGGUGGGGAACAAGUGCGACGAGACGCAGCGGGAGGUGCACACCCGCGAGGCGCAGGCCGUGGCGCAGGAGUGGAAGUGCGCCUUCAUGGAGACCUCGGCCAAGAUGAACUACAACGUGAAGGAGCUGUUCCAGGAGCUGCUGACGCUCGAGACGCGCCGCAGCGUCAGCCUCAGCGUGGACGGCAAGCGCUCCAGCAAGCAGAAGCGGGCCGACCGCAUCAAGGGCAAGUGUGCGCUCAUGUGAGCCCGCCACAGCCGGCCAGGGCCUGCGGGGCCCCUGCUCCCCUCCCUCCUCUCCCCUCUUAACGGACCCUCCCUCCUCCUCUUGCUCCUUCUCUCCCAUCUCCCCAUUCUCCCCUUCCUCUUCCUCCUCCUUCCUCCUCCUGCUCCUCCCCUCCCUCCUCCUGCUCCUCCCCUCCCCUCCUCCUACUCCUCCCCUCCCUCCUCCUGCUCCUCCCCUCCCUCCUCCUUCUGCUCCUCCUCUCCCUCCCCUCCAUCCUCCUGCUCCUUGCUCCUCCUUCUCCUCCCUCCUCCUCCCUCCUCCUGCCCCUCCCCUCCAUCCUCCUGUUCCUCCUUCUCCUCCCUCCUCCUCCUGCUCCUCCCCCCCCUCCUCCUUCUCCUCCUGCUCCUCCCCUCCCUCCUCCUUCUCCUCCUGCUCCUCCCCUCCCUCCUCCUUCUCCUCCUGCUCCUCCCCUCCCUCCUCCUUCUCCUCCUGCUCCUCCUCUCCCUCCUCCUGCUCCUCCCUCCUCCUCCUGCUCCUCCCCUCCCUCCUCCCUCCCUCCUCUGCCCCUUCCUCCACCUCUCCUCCCGCCCUGCCAGCCCACAGUAGGGCUGCGCUCCACUCCAGCACCUUCACCCCUCCACGGCUAUCAACCCUUGCUGAUACCUCCCUCCCCCUCUCUCUGCCCCCCUCUUCUCUCUGCUCCCCACAACCACACACUGAUCCCUGAGGAUCUGAAAACAGGGACCCGGCUAAGGACCUGCUGUUCCGGCCAGGACCAGAGAGGCUGUCUCUCCUCUUCAUCUCUGUCCCUUUCCCCGGGGUGUUCCCAGCCAGGUCCACACCCUGCCCGCCCCCCACAUUGAUCACUGUGACCUCCUUCACGCCCCCCUCUUAUUCUUUCAUCUGGUCCUGUCCCUUCCCCGUGACCCCUGACCUGAGUCCUUCCCUGGGUCCAGGGUCCUCUUCUCCUGUCUGCACACCAGGGUGGAUGGGCCCACGGGCUGGGCCUCAGGCCACCAGGCAAUAAACACAGGGCCUGCAGCGAUGCCCUGCCAGCCCCGAGCGCCACCCCUGGAAUGACAGACACCCCACAGCACAAGCCCAGGACUGUCCUCGGGGGAGGCACAUGGGGACCCGAGCCUGGAGUGUGGGGUGGCUGCCUGGACACUGCCCAUCUGGACACCGGCCUUCUACGGAGACAGACGUUGGCACAGCAGUGCCUCAACGGUGACCCCAAGUGGGGGUUUGGGGCGCUGAAGACAGGGUGUCCAGCUGAGAGUCCAUCAGUGAAGCCCCUGUGUGGGAGCGGGGGGGGGCAGUGCCUGCUGCCCCCGGCAGAACCUGGGCCCUUCACUGGUUAUAUGUGCCCCAGAGACUGUCCCCCGUGUGCCCCGAGUCACGGAGCCUCUGUGGUAUCUGCGAGACUGUCCGGGAGACCUGAGUGGCUCCUGGGUCGUGUCCCACCCACACGAGGGUGACUGCAGACUCUUGUGUCGUGUGACUUUGUGUGUGUGGACGGGUGUGUGUUUGGCUGCGUAGUGGCUUGUGUGUGGCUGUGGAGGGUACCUAGACAUCUUGGUAUGUGUGUGGAUCUGUGUUUUCAGGAGUGGGUGACCAUUUAUCUGUAAACCUGUCUGUUCGGCCUGUCUGAGGAGCACUGGGUCCUGUUCCAGGCUGUGGCAAGCUGGCUUGUGGCUCAGACUGUAUCAGUCAGCUAAUGCUGCGGAACAAGUGAUGGGUGCCAGCACCGAGGCUUCAGCACACGCGGUCUUUACCUCACAGGGGCUGCAGGACAGGCUGGGGCCGGGGCCAGCUGGCUCCUCUGUCCUGUGUAUGUGUGUGAGAGACAGCAGGAGACAGAGAUAAAGAGACAGAGGGCCAGAGACAGACAGAGGCAGAAAGACAGCUGCAUCCAGGUGUCCAGGUGGGCCAACCUCAGUGUGGUCCCUCUGUGUCCUGAGCACAGGGAGAGCUGCAGCCGGAAGCCUGCGUCUGAGCGUAGCUGAGCCCCGACCUCCAGCCAGUCCAGGGCCCCCACAGCCGUCUCCUGCUCCCUAGCCCCGGGAGCGGCUCCUGGCUGGACAGGGGGUCACAGCCCUUUCUCAGGGACACACCCUGAUAGCACAAUCUCUGGGCCACCCCAGGCCUCUCUUGCCAGCCUUGCCCAUCCUGGGAGUACCAGGCUGGGUGGCAGGGGAGGCGGGAGCCCACCCUGGCUGCUGGCCGACCUGCCCAGGCAUCUCUGGUGCUGGGGACCCCCGCCAGGCCUCGCUUGCUGUGACCCACCCCUGCCCCCCGCAUGUGGGAGCCCCGCCCUGUGUGGGGUCUGUGUACCGUUCUCUGUAGACCUUGUCUUCCUGCAAUAAACAUGUGGAUCCUGCC